CCACAGUUCUGGCCGCCGUCCCGGUGCGCACGGACGUGGCUCGAGUUUCCUCCAGCUCUCCGCGCGCUCGCUCGCUCUUCUCCCACUCUCACUCCUUCUUCUCUCCCGAUCUCCCGCUCCACUCAGCCAGCCGCUUCCCUGCACGGCUCCCAGUAAGCCAUGGAGGACGUCACGCUCCAAAUCGUCGAGCGACCGUUUCCCGGGUUCCCCGAUGCCACCGAGAGUCCGGAGCCCUCUCCAGUGGGGGCGCCGACGACCGAAGAGCCGUCGGGGGCCGGCUCUGAAGAGCUGAUCAAAUCAGAUCAGGUGAACGGUGUGCUGGUACUGAGUCUCCUGGAUAAAAUCAUCGGCGCUGUCGACCAGAUCCAGCUGACCCAAACCCAGCUGGAGGAGCGGCAGGCGGAGAUGGAGGGCGCGGUGCAAAGCAUCCAGGGCGAACUGAGCAAGCUGGGCAAGGCGCACGCCACCACCAGUAACACCGUGAGCAAAUUGCUGGAGAAGGUGCGCAAGGUCAGCGUCAACGUGAAGACCGUGCGCGGCAGCCUGGAGCGCCAGGCUGGCCAGAUUAAGAAGCUGGAGGUCAACGAGGCCGAGCUGCUGCGGCGCCGCAACUUUAAAGUCAUGAUCUACCAGGACGACGUGAAGCUGCCAGCUAAGCUGAGCGUCGGCAAGUCUCUCAAAGAGUCCGAGGCGCUGCCGGAGAAGGAAGGCGACGAGCUGGGCGAGGGCGAGCGCCCGGAGGAGGACGCCGCGGUGCUCGAACUCUCCUCCGACGAGGCGGUGGAGGUGGAAGAGGUGAUCGAGGAAUCGCGCGCGGAGCGCAUCAAGCGCAGCGGGCUGCGGCGCGUGGACGACUUCAAGAAGGCCUUCUCCAAGGAGAAGAUGGAAAAGACCAGGGUGCGCACCCGCGAGAACCUGGAGAAGACGCGCCUGAAGACCAAGGAGAACCUGGAGAAGACGCGGCACACGCUGGAGAAGCGCAUGAACAAGCUGGGCACGCGCCUGGUCCCCGCCGAGCGCCGCGAGAAGCUCAAGACGUCACGUGACAAGCUGCGCAAGUCCUUCACGCCCGACCACGUGGUCUACGCGCGCUCCAAGACGGCCGUCUACAAGGUGCCGCCCUUCACCUUCCACGUCAAGAAGAUCCGCGAGGGGGAGGUGGAGGUGCUGAAGGCCACCGAGAUGGUGGAGGUGGGCCCCGAUGACGAUGACGAGGGCGCCCCGCGUGGGGAGGCCGCCGACCUGCUGCGCGGGAGCAGCCCCGACGUGCACACGCUGCUGGAGAUCACCGAGGAGUCGGAUGCCGUGCUGGUGGACAAGAGUGACAGCGACUGAGCCCCACCCGCGCCAAGAGAGCGCGCAUGCGCGGGGGGGGGGGGGCGAGCGUGGGGCUCUGGCACUUGGACGGGGUGGGCUCCGCGCCUCGCCCUGCCGCCUGCUGCCGCUCUCUGUCCCCAGCCCCUACCCACCUACUCUCCCCUUUCCAAACUUGCUCUUUUGCAUUUUCCUCAGACCCUUUUGGGUUGAGAAUUUUCUCAA